GCCGGCUCGGCAGCCAGAGCCAAUCGCGGCUGCGGCCCCGCGAUAAAAGCGCCGGAGCCGCGGGGCGAGCGCAGGAAGCGGCUCCGCUGUGCGGCCGCGGCCUCUGCGGCGGAACCGGGCACCGAGCACCUGGACCGGGAACGGAACCGGGCACCGAGCUCCGGAACCGGGCACGGAACGGCACAGAGCCCCGGAACCGGGCACGGAACCGGGCACACAACAGCACAGAGCCCCGGCUCCGGGCACAGCCCCGGGCACGGCCCCGCCCCGCCUGCGGACCCUCGGCUCGGCUCGCGGUGCUGCAAGAGCUCUGCCUUUGCCGCUCCACAGAGAGCAUCGAGCUGCAGACACCGGGCUCAGGUUGAAGAGCAGAGAAGGGCAGGAGGGCAGGAGGGCAGGAGCCAUGUUCCAGGCCACGGGAGCAGCCAGCCCAUCCCCAGCUCAUGAGGCCAAGAGCAGCUCAGGAGGCAGCACAGUGCAGCGCUCCAAGUCCUUCAGCCUGAAGGCGCAGGUGAAGGAGAUCUGCACUGCCUGCCAGAAAACCGUGUACCCCAUGGAGCGGCUGGUGGCCGAUAAGUUCGUCUUCCACAACUCCUGCUUCUGCUGCAAGCACUGCCACGCCAAGCUCAGCCUGGGCAGCUACGCCGCGCUCCACGGCGAGUUCUACUGCAAGCCGCACUUCCAGCAGCUCUUCAAGAGCAAAGGCAACUACGACGAGGGCUUCGGGCGGCGGCAGCACAAGGAGCUGUGGGCGCACAAGGAGGUGGAGAGCGGCACCAAGUCGGCCUGAGAGGGGCAGCCCCGCUCGGGUGAGCCGGGCCCAGCUGAGCUGAUGGGAAGCAGAGAGGGCAGGGGAGCCCCUCUUUGGGGCAGCCCAGGCACAGGGCAGAGGUGCCCAGGGAGCAGCCCCAGCCCCAACCCUCCCUGCAGGCCCCUCUGCCAGUGAGACCAGAGCAGGAGCCGCUGCCCCCGUCACCCUGGAAGAGAAAAGCCUCACCCAGGCUGAUCCAGCCCGAGCCCGGCUUUGCUGGGCUCUGCAGGAGGAGGGUCCUUGCUUUGCAUCAGCUCAGUUCAGCUGGGAUGGCUCAGCUGCAGGAUGUUGCCCUGUUUGACAGUGUCUCUUUUUUAUAUUUGCCUUCUGGUACGUUCUGCGCAGCUGCACCCGCGCUCCUUUAUUUUUGUAAUACAAGGUUUGCCAGCC